CUGUGCCUAUAAAUAGACAGAAGAAGCUCCAACACUGUCAACGUACCAAACAACCAAUCUCUCACAUCUCUCUCUACUUCUGUCCUUCAGGACACAAACCCUAAAAACAAAAACAAAAAUGGAAGAAGCCCUAAGAAAGUUCAGCGAGUCCACCCGUUCGCUCAUCACCGGUUACGAACCCGACCACAAUCUUUUGACGAGAAACUUCACCAACACAAAGCCCUUAAACCGCAAACCGGCUUCAAAAGAGACCAGAGUCACCUCCCUCGGAACCGGCAGCGCCCCGACGAGGUACCGUGGCGUUCGUCGUAGGCCGUGGGGACGUUACGCGGCGGAGAUACGUGAUCCGGCGUCAAAGGAGAGACGGUGGCUUGGAACGUUCGACACAGCUGAGGAAGCCGCCUGUGCUUACGACUGCGCAGCACGUGCGUUUCGUGGAUCAAAGGCUCGUACGAACUUUACUUAUCCUGUUGCUCUUGCUGUUCCUGUUCCCGAGCAUAGGUUCUCUUUUUUCCCGAAGAAAUCUUCCGCUCGCCCUCCUGUACCGUUGGAUCACUCUUCUACACAGGAGUUCUACGGUACACCGGCACCGCAGAAGAUUAACAACGACGCCUCGUAUUCCUCUCGCAAAACUGCGCCGUUUUACUCUUUUAACGGCUCUUCUUCUUACUCGGAGCCGAAAACGGCAAGCAUUUCGUCUUCCGCUAACGACUACGACACGGAGUUUUUCCCGCAAGAAUCUUCAGACUCUGGUCUAUUGCAAGAGGUCGUUAAAGAGUUCUUGAAGAAAAACCGCAACCAGUCACCACCGCCGCCGGUGAUCGGACAUCUAGAGAACACUGGUGAUUUGUCUGCUCUCUCUAACAGUUUCCUUCAACAGAAAACUGAGCCUAUAACAUCAAUGCUAGAAGGCUACGGAAACAACAGUCAUGCUGGUGACUUCGGUUAUUUCGACGGCGUUAGCCCCGCAGCAGACAGUGAUUUUACGUACGGAUCAGAGGCGUGGGGGUAUCAAGACAUGUUGACGUAAGGUGGUCAGAUGGGAUGUACUUGCCGUAAAUCAUGGGGAUAAACUAGUGAUAUUUCAUCAUGAUAUUAUCUAUAGUUUAAAAGUUCUUUUUUUUUUUUUCUAUUUCUAUGUUGGAUAUUAACUAAACAGUUGUUAAGUUGAAAUAGCUAUAGACUUUCAUGAUAUGUGGGUUUCUAGAUGAAGUUUACCUUUUGUAAGUCUUUCUAAU